AUGGAGGACGCGCUGCAGACCGGAGACCUCAGUCUGACCCUGAGGAAACCCACCUUCACCGACAGCGGGACCUUCACCUGCACGGUCCGCAGGCUUGGAGAAGAGCUGCACCAGGAGGUCGUGGAGCUGCAGGUCAAAGAAGCUCCUCCAGUCUGGCCCUGGGUUCUGGUGGUUCUGGUGGUUCUGGUGGUUCCGGUGGUUCUGGUGGUUCUGGUGGUUCUGGUGGUCGCUGCUGUUGGUUUGAUGUACAGAUUAAAAAAGAGACUCACAGCAGUGCUUCCAUCUGAGACGGUGGAGAUCAGAGAGGGACUGAAGUCUGUCCUGCUGCCGGUUAAAACUCAGAAACGUCUUCACAGCGUCAGAGUGGAGUGGAGCCGUCCUGGGCAGAGGAACGUCACGGUCCAUGUGUCCCAGAACGGCCAGACUCAGUCUGAGCAACAGGAGGACGUCUACCGAGGACGGACCAAGAUGAAGACAGACCUGCAGGACACCGGAGACUUCAGCCUGACCCUCAGGGUCCCCCAGAUCCACGACUCUGGGGUCUAUGACUGCCUGGUCUCCAGAGGAGGAGAAAAGCUGCUGCAGAAAACUGUGACUCUCAGGGUCAAAGAGAGCCUGAUGGAGGAGGUGGAGGUCGCAGACAGAGACGCGUUUGUCCGUCUGCCGUUUCAAACCGCAGCUGACCUGCCAGCAGACAGCAAAGUGGUGUGGAGCCGCACCGACCAGCAGAACUCUGUCCACGAGUAUCAGAACCAUCACAACCAGCCAGACAGACAGAACCAGGAGUAUCUGAACCGGACCCAGAUGAGUCCUGAUGCUCUGAGGACCGGAAACCUCACCCUGACCCUGAACGACCCCCGACUGGCGGACAGUGGCGUCUUCAUCUGCACCGUCUACAACGACCAAGACGGGACGAUACUGAAACGGAAAGUUCUAAUGCUGAAUGUCAAAGUCCACCAGGUGGACAAGGUGUCUGUGGAGGAGGGC